GUUUCGCUUUGACGGAAAGAGCUUGCGCAUAAAUUACGAACGGGGGCGGCUUUGUUCGAUUCUCUUGGCAGCUCUAGGGUUUCUGCUUUUCUCUCGCCGCUUCGGAGCUAUCGGAAAAUGACGAAGAGAACCAAGAAGGCUGGAAUUGUCGGCAAGUAUGGCACUCGCUAUGGUGCUAGUCUGAGGAAGCAGAUUAAGAAGAUGGAGGUUAGUCAGCACAGCAAGUUCUUCUGUGAAUUCUGCGGAAAGUACGCAGUAAAGAGAAAAGCUGUGGGAAUAUGGGGAUGCAAAGACUGCGGCAAAGUGAAAGCUGGUGGUGCUUAUACUUUGAACACUGCAAGUGCCGUCACUGUAAGGAGUACCAUCAGGAGGCUGAGGGAGCAGACAGAGAGUUAAAUUUAUAUUAGGAUUCCAUCAUCAAAUUUAGUUGUAAUUUUUUUUUAGAACUUCUAGAACUUGAGGCAGAUUUUGAAGUUCUGAACUGAACAUUAUGCCUUUUGAUCUUUUACGGUUUCAUGUCUUGUAUGAAUGGGAUUCUCUGUGUGUUAGACUACUGCUUGUUUCUGGUUUUCAUUUUGAACCGUUUAUCCAUUGUUUCAA